AUGGCAGCAGCGUUCAACAUCGCCGAAGCGCCCUCCCGCUUCCCCGCGCUAAACAAACAACAGGUCUUCCUGGAUAACGCUGGAGGAAGUCAAGUGCUUGGCUCUGUGAUUGAAUCGAUCAAGGCCUAUCUUUCCAGCACCAAUGUCCAGCUCGGGGCGACGUAUCCCGCUGCUCAGUCGUCUAUGGACGCAUACGCUAAGGGCUGCAGAGCGGGUGCCGAGUUCAUCAAUGCAAGCCCGGAGGAGAUUUCCAUCGGCAUCUCAACCACCCAGAACUAUCUGAACCUCGCCACUGCGUUGUCUUUUGAGCCGUCAGAUGAGCUGAUCAUCUCGGUUCUCAAUCACGAGGCCAACACUAACUCGUGGGUGCGCAUCGCGAAGCUCUUGGGCUUGACUGUCAAAUGGUGGACGCCCAAGAACCCCACCAACCCCGACAGCGAUAUUGAAACCCUGAAGCCCUUGUUGUCUGAGAAGACGAGACUGGUGGCUUUCCCGCAUGCCUCAAACAUCACGGGGACGAUCACGAAUGUGAAGGAGGUUGCGGCCGUGGUUCACCAGUUCCCUCGAGCCCUUGUCUGCGUGGACGGCGUGGCACUUGCCCCCCACCGACCGGUAGACGUCAAGGAACUGGACGUUGACAUCUACGCCUUCUCCUGGUACAAGGUCUACGGCCCCCACAUCGCCCAAAUCUACUGCCACUCCCGCAUCCACGACCAGAUCAACAUGCUCGGACACUACUUCAAGGCGUCGGAGCCGCAGACCCUCGAGACCAAACUCACGCUCGCCUCGUCGAACUACGAGCUCACGCAGUCGAUCCCCGAAAUCACUGCCUAUCUCGGGCCGGACCGCGCGUCUGCGUGGAAGGCCAUCGCGGACCACGAGGAGGACCUCCAGGCUAUUCUGCUCGACUACCUUCGUAGCAACGACAAGGUUACUAUCAUCGGUGAGCCGUCCGCGGACCAGACGCGCCGCGUUCCUGUGAUCAGCUUCCUGGUUAAGGGGUGGAAGAGCCAGGCCAUCGUGCAGGAGGUGGAGAAGCGGUCUAACUUCGGGUUCCGGGCUGGACAUAUGUACAGCCAUCGGUUGUUGAAUGAUGUGCUGAAGGUUGAAGAUCCGGAUGAUGGAGUGGUGAGGAUUAGUUUCUUGCACUAUAAUACCGUGGAGGAGGUCAAAGGUCUUGUGGAUGUUUUGAAGGCAGUUCUGGGAUAA